AUGUUGGUGGUAAUAUGCACGAGUGACGUUACAACUGUGUCAGUAUGUCAGUGUCGAACCCGACCUGAGUCUAUGCUUGUCGAUCUCAUGAUCACUCGAUCGUACAGCGUGGACCGGGACCGGCUUCGAGAGCGUGAGCGGCAGGCACGCGCGGCGAUGUCGGUCCAGGCGGAACAGGCAGCGGCAGUUGGAGGUCCAGAGACCCGGCACCCUCACAAUCAGGGCCAUCAUUCCGUGAGUCCAGACGCGCAAGACCGAACAACACAGCAGAUUCAAUCCAAGCUCGGCAACUACUCCCUGGUGAAGCAUCUGCUGGACGAGCCAAAGAGACUGAUAGGAAUUGAAGGGGUACCAGCUAGUCCAGCGCCGGCGUUGAGCGCAUCCACACGGCUGUCUUCGAGUAACAAUUGCAGGAGUUCGCCGUCUUCCCAAGAAUUUAAAAAACCCGGUGGUAAUGGUCCACGAACAUCCUCAUCAGCAUCAUCAUCAUCAUCAUCAUCAUCAUCAUCAUCAUCGUCGUCGUCGUCGUCUGGGACAACAACAACAACAACAACGGCAGCAUCCUCUAACUCGGCAAAUUUGAGCCAUACCUCCCAACGCGGUGGUUUUAUAAAACCCGCGGAUGGGAAACCACCUUACGGCGGUCGGGGUGGCUACCCAGGACAACCGGUUAAACACGGUGGUAGUAGCAACGAUCACAGGAGCCACGGUAUCCUUCCCGCAAAGGGUCCACCUUCGUCAAUCGCAAAUGCCAAUUCGAGCGGAAACAGCGGUGGUCUAACCUCUUCCGGAAGUAAUUGUCCUCCUGCCCCCGGUAAUUCCGGUAAUUUGGGCAGAAUUCACACAGCUGCUUCCAGACUCCCAAGGUUACCUCUUGACAACGGAGUAAGACAUGGAUCCGAUCCAGCGGAUUUGGAAAACAUCCUCAAGGAAAUGACGAUGCCGCCCAUACCACUUUCAGCAAUUGCACAGACACCAAGAAAAGAACCGGAAUCCAAGUUCGAAUUCAACCCUGUACUGGCCAAGUUACAGUUAACGGAGAAACCAUCUGAACCUGUCAAGCCACCACAACGGGAAAGACAUGGGACCACACGGCUGUCUGCUGAUCUUGAGUGUGAUUUAAGGCUCUCGGAAGACAGCGAGGAUGAAGGCCUCAAGACGUCAGUUUCAAGAGCAUCAAGAGCUACUGCAAGUCCAACUAUAAGCCUUGAACACUCAGCACCGCUGAUACCAACAAUGACACCGCUUCCAGCACCUUUGGCGCCGAUGUCGCCUAUGGCGUUAUCGCCCCUGGCAACUUUGUCACCUCCGAGACCAAUGAGUCCACUGAGAACGCCGCCUAAGCACACGCCAUCCGAGCGAUUAUUAUCGCCGCCAUCUGGCUCCUCGAGAAAAGGCUCCCCGUUGCUGCCGUUGAGGCCUCCUAGUCCUCCGGGUCAGGCUCCUCUCAGUUCUGGCAGCGCCAGCUCCAGCUCGGACUCCGGAUCUGACACUGGUACUGAUGACAGCAGUGAUUCUGAGGACGAAAAUGCUCCUCCGCCAUCAAAAGGCCCUUCUACGCCGCCUUCAAUGUCUCCAAAAGCCCCCGUAGAAGAGCCACCGCCUGCUGAAGAGUCCAAACCUCGGUGGAAUCUCAGCAGUUUCUUUACCAAGUCUGCUGUGCAGACUGGUGAUAAUAAUUCUGAAAAUAAAACUGCUCAGAAUGACGCAGCUCGUCGAGAUAGUUCACCUGAGGAAGCAUCUCUGGAUAUGCGAAUAAGACGCUCAGAUGGAAGUCACCAUAAUAGCGACUGGCAGCUUGACGAGGCAUCAAAAAGAACCAGAAACUCGACAAUGCUGACAGUUUUGAGUGACGGUGAUCAAAAUUCCGAGCCUGAGAAGAAGAAAAAAGAAGAAUUGAGAUCUCAAGUUCAAGAUAAUAAACCAAAAGCUCCCGACGUGAGAAAACCUCGCGGACGACCUCGUAAAACGGCUAAAGAAACGGUUAAAAGCCCGAGAGGCCACAGAAUGUCGUCCGAGGAAUCAAAACCCAGCUCUAAGCGCAGUAAACCUCGCAGUGCAGGCAGUCCCAAGAAGAAAACUUCCGCGUUACCGAUACCGGUACCUCGGCUUCCGAUGGACAACAGCGACGAGUUGAGCGACUCGAGAUCACGGGACAGGUCCAGUGACUCGGAGUGCGAGCAGCGAAUCCCCCCGGCCGCUUCUUCGAUAAUCCCAGUGGACAAACGUAGACCGCGGCUGAGCAUCUCCUCAAGUGAAGAUGAGAAAACUACAAGUAAACUCAGUGCUUCGGAAGAUGAUGCGAGAUGGAGAAGACUCUCGUCUAAACGCAAUAAGCUUUCCGAUGAUUCUUCAUCCAAGAAGCAGGACAAAAAGAAGAGUCCCAGCAAAGUAAAACCCCAACGGCCUAGGUCGAGGAUAACAAACAGCAACUCGGGUUGUAAUUCUGACUCCGACAGUGAGUUAGAGACAACACUGAGAAAUAAUCGGGUCCAGCCGGUUGCGAGAGUACCCCCGAGACCCAGAGCGCCGCUUACAAGAGUCACCUCGCCUGAUAAUUCCGACAGUGACAACAGUCCAACGCCGAAAUUGCAAGAGGAGGACGCUGGUAAUGUCCAGGACAAGAAAAAAAGUGAUACACUUAGGAAAUUGUUUUCAAGUGCCAAGGGCGGUGCAAAGGGUGGCGGCAAAGGUGGCAAGGGUGGUAAGGGUGGUGGUAAAUGUGGAAUUUACGUGGAAGAGUACACUGCGAGUACGCCGACCGGUGGUGAAAGCCCGUACAAAAGACCGUCGUCGCAAUCCUCCACCUUGCCAAGCUUCCCACCUUUGAGUUAUGGAGUCAACGGGGUCCCUUCGCUUUUUUGUAAGGUCGAUCUCAGUCGGCUUUCUCACGUUCCAAGGCCAUCGCGAGGCCAGGAGUUGAGACAGAGGACUGAAUUGUCAGACACUAGGCCGGCUUCAAGACAAUCCGUCAAAUCCGAGCGACCUCCUACACCAGAAGAGGGUGAAAUCAUUGAUACUCCCACUCCACCUCCUUCCAUUGAUUUUAGGACACACGAUAAUCACCAUCACGUAACGACUGAUCAACCUCCUGGCUUAUCCAAAAGUAAACGUACUGAGAGUAAGAGUGAGUUAGUUAGUUUAACUGGGGCGGACUCUAAAAGUAAUCGUGCGAUACCUAGUGGCAGUGGAGUUAACAGUGGUCCUACGAACUCUGGUACCGGUGCUAGUGCUAGUGCUAAUGUUAUUGAUAAUAAUACUGGGGAUCGAGUGCCCAAACGUAAACGUAAUGCUAGUUGCAGUUCUGUAUCUAGUUUAAAUAUGUGUUCAAUGGAUAGUAAUAGUAAGGUCAAAUCAUCUACCAGUGAACACAAAGAAAAGAAAAAGAGAAAACGACAUCACGCUGACAAAGAAUCCAAUUCAUCGAGAUCAUCUUCCCGACAACAAAAUGAUAUUCAACCUACAAAUCACGAACGGGAAGAAAAACCAGACAUUAAUCUGUUGCCCCCACCGGCAGCAGCUCCACCUCAACGUGUCUACUAUUCUUACUUCAAUCCUCAAAAUGACGUUUUAGAGGACCAGGAUAGGGACCAGAAUCAGUACCUGACAGAAGCUAAAAGAUUAAAACACAGCGCAGAUGAGGAAUGUGAGUUGACGGCGCAAUGCAUGCUGUACUUGGAGGCAGUAUUGUAUUUCCUUCUCACAGGGCAGGCCAUGGAGUCCGAUCCACUCACCGAAAGAUCCGCUUUUACUAUGUACAGAGACACUCUUAGUCUUAUAAAGUAUAUCUCGUCUAAGUUCAAGAGCCAACAGAACAAUUCACCUGAGAGUAGUAUCCGUAACAAGUUGGCUAUCUUGAGUUUAUGGUGCCAGUCUCUUAUUUAUUUAAAACUCUACAAAAUGAGGCAACACGAAGUUAAAGAAAAUGCUAAAAUUCUCGCUGAAUAUACUCAAAAACCUACGCAGCCGACGUUGGUGCACGCUGAGGGUCAAGGAACUCCUUCGCUGUCUCCAACACCAUCCCCGGCAGGCUCCGUUGGAUCUGUAGGUAGCCAAAGUUCUGGAUAUAAUAGCGGAGAACUUAACAGAAAUAUUGUCUCGCAGCAACAACCAUCAUUUGUCAGCAUUCCUCUUCCAAUUCACUCCAUUUUGAUAAAACAGAAUUCACAUUUCAUGUUGUUAACGAAUUGUCACGAUUUAUGGGAUCAAGCAGCCCAGUUAGUUUCGGACAUGCAUCGAGAUUUCUUUAUCGAGCUGGACGAAAAACUUGGCCCGCUGACAUUGAGAAGUUCAUUGCGGGACUUGGUGCGUUAUGUACAAGCUGGAAUUAAGAAGUUGCGAGCUCUCUGA